AUGUUCAUUGCACGCUCAGAAUAUGAUCGUGGUAUCAACACCUUCUCUCCCGAGGGUCGUUUGUUCCAGGUCGAAUACUCUCUCGAAGCUAUCAAGCUAGGCUCCACGGCGAUCGGUGUUGCCACCUCGGAGGGUGUCAUUCUUGGCGUCGAGAAGCGUGUCACAUCAACACUUUUGGAGGCCUCAUCUGUGGAAAAGAUCGUGGAAAUUGACCAGCACAUCGGCUGCGCCAUGUCUGGCCUGCAAGCUGACGCACGUAACCUAGUGGAGCACGCCCGUGUCGAGUGUCAAAAUCAUGCUUUCCACUACGCCGAACCUCUCCGCGUUGAGAGCACAACCCAGGCCAUCUGUGACCUGGCCCUUCGUUUUGGUGAGAGUGGUGAUGAUGAAGGCAGCGUGAUGAGUCGGCCGUUUGGCGUCGCCCUGCUGAUUGCCGGUUACGACGAGGACGGACCCCAGCUAUACCACGCUGAGCCUUCGGGUACUUUCUAUCGUUACGAUGCCAAAGCGAUCGGCUCGGGAAGUGAAGGUGCUCAGGCCGAACUCCAGAAUGAAUACCACAAGUCCUUGACGCUGGCCGAGGCUGAAUCAUUGGUUCUGAAGACAUUGAAGCAGGUGAUGGAAGAGAAGCUCGAUUCCAAGAACGUGCAAUUGGCGAGUGUCACAAAGGAGAAGGGCUUCCGCAUCUACAACGAUGAGGAGAUGGGCCGCGCCGUGGCACAACUGGGCGGAAACCAAUAG